GCGCUCAUGGCAUCAAGGAGAAUGGAGACCAAACCAGUCAUAACCUGCCUCAAAACUCUCCUCAUCGUCUAUUCCUUCGUGUUCUGGAUCACGGGGGCGAUCCUGCUUGCAGUGGGAUUAUGGGGGAAAUUCAUUUUGGGUCCGUACAUCGCUCUGAUCGCUGAGAACUCCACCAAUGCUCCCUACGUGCUCAUCGGGACCGGGACCACCAUCAUCGUGUUCGGACUGUUCGGAUGCUUCGCCACGUGCCGCGGGAGCCCAUGGAUGCUCAAACUGUACGCCAUGUUCCUGUCGCUGGUGUUCCUGGCCGAGCUGGUCGCUGGCAUCUCGGGCUUUGUUUUCCGUCAUGAGAUCAAAGGCACCUUUAUGAGGACAUACAAUGAGGCCGUUCUGAACUACAACGCCAAGGACGAGAGGAGCGUCGCGGUGGACAACAUCCAGAGGAGUUUGCGUUGUUGUGGCGUUCUGAACUACACCAGCUGGUUCUCCAGCGUUUAUUUCCCUGUGAAUGGAAUUCCUCCAAGCUGCUGCGCCAACGUCUCUGACUGCAAGUCCUCAGACCUGAGAAACGCCACCAUAGCACCCACCAAAGUCUAUCAGCAGGGCUGCUAUGAGCUGGUGACGACUUUCAUUGAGACUAACGUGGGCAUUAUUGCUGGAGUAACGUUUGGAAUUGCAUUCUCGCAGCUGAUCGGGAUGCUGCUGGCCUGCUGUCUGUCACGAUUCAUCACUGCCAAUCAGUACGAGAUGGUGUAGAGGCCUGUGCACAGGCACAGAAGACGUACGACACCUUGGAAAGGGAAAGCAACCCAAAAAUGCUAGCACACUCCAUUCUUUCUGAUCUCUUUUUUAUUCUAUCUCCUUUUUUCUGUCAUUCUGUCUUUCCUGCCUUCUUUUCUCUCCUUUCCGUCAUUCCUAAAUCAUGCAGUUAUGCCAUGACCAAAGCCUCUUCUUUGGAAACAUCAGCGUUAGUGGGGAAAAGGAAAUGGUUUUAAGACGCACGCGUACUUUACUCUGUCCAAAAACCUUGCAUGUGGAAACCAUCUCACACACACUACUAAAGUCAACAGCGUUUCUGUAACACCGCGUCCUAACCGAUCACAUACAAGCCAAUCGAUAUCGCAAUCUCACUCUAGCUGCAUAUCAAAUAUGUUUAGGUUAGCUGUGGUUUUGCUGUUUUUUCUAUUUUUAGACAGAGAAAUUAAAUUAAGUGUCGUUUGUUAGAUAUCUAUCCCUUUUUUGAGAAGAAAAACUAUUUAAAAGCUGUGUUUUUUCUUAUCUAUCUGCCAUUUUGCUAGCUUGGUUUCCAUAUGUUGCAUUGCAGUUGGUAGCUCCGCCCACAGUGAAUUCUCAUUGGUCUAGAUUGCUGUAUAUUACACAUCAAACAUUCUGAUUGGCUAUUGUGGCUUUACGCAGUAUUUUCACACAUCUGGUUAGGACUCGGUGUUACUUAACCCCUAAAAAGUGACUUCAAUGCAGAUUUGUUAGUUAAUUGCUUUAUCAAGAGGAAAAGUAUAAAAAAAAUUACAGAUGACAAGAUGUUGUUGUUGUUGCUGUUGUAAAAUCGGGGGUUUAUCUCAGAAAUGCCUUUUUUUUUGUCUUUGUUAUUUUACUCCACAUCUCAGCGUUGGGUUGAAAGUGACUCGACAAAAUCACGUACAGAGUCAAAAACAUCAAUUUUGUCUUGUUGUGAAAGCCAAAAACAAGCAAUUUUCUGCCAGAUAUAGCUGCGUUCAGAACUCAAAUACAUUUAGACUGAAGAUUGGAAUGACUACCUUAAAACUAGUGGCUUUUAUGUCAUUGUAAGACAAGCGGAUAUUUCUGAGCACUAUCUAAACACUGUUUAAUGGGCGGUUUAAUGGGUAAUUUUGCAGUUUAUGGGUUGUAGUUACAGUUUUACACCGUAUCUACUUUGCGAGACGCUGUAUUUUCUGUUAUUUUGUGGCUUUUUACUGUAAGAAUGUAAUCAGCUCUGGGAAUUUUCAAUCUGCAUGAGAUAUAUGAAGGAUAACAAGAAUGAUAUUUCUAAGAAUGCUUAGAAAAAUAUAUAGCACCUUACAAAUAUACAUAUAUAUAUAUAUACUGUUACUUUACGUUUCACUCAAAGUAAAAAUAAUAAUAAUCAGCAAGCAUCAUGUCAUGCUAGAGUGAUAAUGUUGACAGGAGAACAGCUCUUAAACAGAUAGCUAAACGCUGGAGGAAUUUGAUUUACAACUUUAUAUAAAGUGGAAUAAUCACAGGUUUUCUGGAGGCUUUGUUGGUUUAUUGUUGCAAGAAUGAACCAAGCUUUAGACACCUCAGCGCUUUAUUUAUUUAUUUGCAUGAGUGGUAGAAGUCGCUGCAGUCUUUGGCUUUCUUUACUUUUUCUUUUGAAUCGUGAAGUACUGUCAACUGAAUUCCACUUUUACGUGUGUCAGUGUGCAUUUCUCUCUUUUUUUUCAAAUGUAAUUUUGUGUUAUUGUUUUGUAUGGUUUUCUCAUUGAUUAUUAAUUCUCAUUUAGGACUUAUAGUUGAUGUUAUGUUAAAAUGUAAAACCAUCAUUUCUGCAGCUGCCCCUUGUGUUGAUGGGUCAUUGAGUAUUAGAGUCCAGAAUUCAUAGUCUGAACACACGUGAUGAACUACACAUCUCCAGAUAGACGAGCGGAGUAAUAAUAUACUUUGUAUAAUAAAAAGAAACCUUUUUAAAAUGCAUCACCAGCUAGCAUGCCAACAAAAUGUACGUUGAUAUUGUAAACAAGCGUGAUCUCUAUGAAUAAAAUGGUUCUUCGUCGUUA